AUGUUAAAACAACUGGUGUAUGAAAGUGAUAAAGUAGGGCUAUCAAUGAACACUGAGGAGUUUCUAGAGGCCAAGUUUCGUACGCUGGAACUAAUUACAAAUAAUACAAAGGAAGUGAAGUCAAACAAGGAGCGAAGUACAUGCCAUGUUGCCACACCUACCUUCGAGAACAGGAGUUGUGUAAUGUGUAAAGAAAGUCAUACAUUAUGUCACUGCAAGGAGUUUACCAAGAUGGAACCUACGGAGAGAAGCGAAUAUGUCAAAAAUAACAACUUAUGUUACAACUGUCUAGUACCAGGGCAUUCAGCAUCAAAAUGUCGAGUACCUGUGUCCUGUAGAAUAUGUCACCGACGUCAUCACUCCCUUCUACAUCAACUAAAGCAGACUGAGCCUGUGGCCCCUACGAGUCCCUCACAACCACUGGCUUCAUCAUUACAUGUUGUAGAAGACAUAGAAGAAGUGCAAGCAAACACAGUGAUCGCGUUACAUCUCAAUACUAGACAGAAUUCAGCACUACUAGCGACCGCUGUGGUGGAAGCAAGAAGCAAUAGAGGUCACAUCAUUCCACUGCGCGCGCUAAUAGACCAAGGUUCCGAAGAAUCAUUUAUAAGCGAGAAAGCGGCUCAACUACUAAAGCUUGACCGACAACAUGUAAGGGGAAGCAUCACGGGCUUGGGUCCCAUGAGAACAGAAAUCAACCACGCCUGUGAGCUACAAAUAAAAUCACAGUGGGAUAAAACAUUUGUCCUACCGGUUAAAGCUUAUGUAAUGUCAAAACAGCUGACCAGGAAGAUACCCAAGAAACAUAUUGUUCAACAACCAUGGCCUCAUCUACAAGGAUUACAGCUAGCGGAUCCUAAUUACAACAACUCGGGACCCAUAGAUCUCUUGCUAGGGGUCCGAGUAUACGCUAGAAUACUGCAAGCAGAACUAGUCAAAGGUCCACCAGGUACACCAUGCGCACAAAAAACUGACCUGGGAUGGAUUCUUUUUGGAGAGAGUGAUAGCACAUCACAAGAAGAUUCUUACCUCGUCAUGCACCAUCAGGUCGAUAUAGAAGACACACUGAAGUCUCUAUGGGAAAUAGAAACAGACACUAAGAGAAAACAUACCAAGGAAGAACAGCUAUGUGAAGAAAUCUAUGAAAAAACAGUCACUCGAAACCAAGAAGGAAGAUACAUUGUGAAGCUGCCAUUUAAGAUUGUGAAUCCAAAGGUACUUGAUGGAAAUACAAAAGAGAUAGCUACAAAGAGGUUCCUGCAACUAGAAAGAAGAUUUAAGCGUUCGCCGAACCUGAAAACAGAAUACAUAAAGGGUAUUAACGAUUACCUUGAAGAAGGACAUCUAGAAGAAGUACCUGAAAAGGAAAAAGAAGAUAAAUCGGUAUACCUACCACACCACGCUGUAAUUCGCGACGACAAAGAAACCACGCGCACGCGCAUUGUUUUCGACGCGUCCUGCAAAGGAUCAAACAACGUCUCAUUAAAUGAUGAACUGAUGAUAGGUCCACAACUGCAAGAUGACUUAAGAAAUCUUUUAAUGAGAUGGAGACUGAAACGAGUUUGCUUCGUGGCAGAUGUCCAGAAGAUGUACCGCCAAAUAUUGGUAACAAAAGAGGACGCAAAUUACCAACGAAUUCUAUGGCGACAAGACGAGUCUGAAGAGUUAAAAGAGUACCGUAUGCUUCGAGUCACUUUCGGUACCGCUCCAGCUCCAUACUUAGCGGUCAAGACACUUCAGAAGAUUGCUAUCGAUGAAGAAGAGAAACAACUCGGUAAAGAAACAAACAACCACAGCGAAGUGGCAAUCAAAACAAUAAAAGAAGACUUUUAUAUGGACGACAUGCUGUCAGGGGCAGCAACCGCUGAGGAAGCUAUUGCAAUAGCUAAGGAAGUAACACGCAUCCUGAAACAAGGCGGAUUCCAACUCAUGAAAUGGUCCUCCAAUAUGCAAUACAAUAAUGAGGACCAUUUCAUGAGUUGGAAUCCGCCUUGUUUCAGGAUGCGUGUUACUUCCUUAGCUAUUGCAAUAGCUUCCUCAGCGGUUGCUGCCCCUGACAGCAUGUCGUCCAUAUAA